AUGCCGCCGCCGACCGUCGGCGUCGCGAAGACGAAGAGCAAGGAGUUCUACGACAUCGUUCGGCAAAUCGGCGAAUGUAAGAAUAAGUCGGACGAGGACGUGAUCAUGCGCCGUGAGGUCAUGACCCUGCGGACGCAGAUGGCGUCGCCGAAGCUCGAGAAGACGAAGAUGAAAGAGCUCCUCAUUCGCUUGAUGUACGUCGACAUGCUCGGGCACGACGCGUCGUUCGGGUACAUCCACGCGGUGAAAGCGACGCACGAGAGCGACAUCUCUAUGAAGCGCUUGGGGUACCUCGCCACGAGCGCGUUCCUGGACGAGCACCACGACCUGAUCAUCCUCAUCGUGAACACCGUGCAGCAAGAUCUGAAAACCGACAACUACCUCGCGGUGUGCGCCGCGCUGACGACGGUGUGCCGUCUCGUGAACGAGGAGACGAUCCCGGCGGUGCUGACGCAGGUGGUGGAUCUGUUGUCGCAUCGCAAGGAGCAAGUCCGGAAGAAAGCGGUCAUGGCGCUGCAUCGCUUCCAUCAGCGGAGCCCCUCGAGCGUCGCGCAUCUGCACGGGAAGUUUCGACAGAUGCUGUGCGAUAAAGACCCGAGCGUGAUGUCCGCGGCGCUGUGCGCGCUGCACGACCUCAUACUCGCGGACGCGACGCCGCACAAGAACCUCAUACCGAGCUUCGUGUCGAUCCUGAAACAGAUCGUCGAGCACAGGCUGCACAACUACGACUACCACAAGGUCCCGGCGCCGUUCAUUCAGAUCAAGCUCUUGAAAAUUCUCGCCGCGCUCGGCACCGCGGACAAAGCCGCGUCGACGGAGAUGUACAGCGUCCUCUCCACGUGCUUGAAACGCGGCGACAGCGGCGGGAACGUCGGCAACGCGAUCGUGUACGAGUGCGUCCGAACCGCAGCGAGCAUUUACCCCUCCCCCGUGCUCCUCGAGCACUGCGCCGCGGCGGUGAGUCGGUUCAUCGCGUCGAGCAACCACAACCUGAAGUACGUCGGCUUGGACUCGCUGUCGUGUAUCGUGAACAUCAACCCGAAGUACGCGGCGGAGCACCAGAUGACGGUGGUGGACUGCUUAGAAGACGCGGACGAGAGCAUACGCGGCAAGACGUUGGAUCUGCUGUACAGGAUGACGAAGUCGCACAACGUCGAGGUCGUCGUAGAGAAGAUGAUCGAGUUCCUGAAGACGAGCACGGAUAAGCACGUCAGGGAGAGCACCGCGGCGAGGAUAGGCGAGCUCGCGGAACGGUACGCGCCGACGACGCAGUGGUUCAUCGACACGAUGAACGCGAUGUUCGCGAUCGGCGGC